AUGGACGAGAUCAUCGAAUUUGUUCCUCUCCUGGGCUUCCAGCGAUACAGGCCAUACUUUGAUGAUACCCCAACACCAGCGAAAAAGCAGACUGAGAAGCCAGCCACGGAGCUCGACACAACAACACAACAAAUACCAGAAUCAACACAGAUUUUACACAUAAACCUCGGCGAUGGCCUUGGGGAUGAUCUAGACAACGAACCAAUCAUUUUCCGCAGCGUUUCUCAAAGACGGAGUGACCUGUCAAAUGAAACCACGAAAACAGACGAGUCUGUUGUGUUCGAUGGUAUUUCUCGACAACGGAGUACCUCGAUCACCGACGAUCAAGGACGCAAGAAGCGUUCCAUGAGUCGAUUAUUUUCUUGGCAUAGACAUCGCCGUGAGAAGACCUCUAGCUGA